UUCAUUGCAACUGUGCGGCGGACUGAGCGGAGGUUGCCACAACACCCAUCCACCCGUCACCUCGUACACAUCUGCCGCGGUCCUCUUGCGUGCGUACAUGUGGUACUUCUCGGAAAGCGAGCUCAAGGAAAGCCCGUCGUUCCAGGAUGGGAUCUCUCAACAGACCAUCGACGUUUACAGGUUCAAAGGCUGUGAAUUGAUUGAUCGACUAGCGGCAGUCUUUCGACUGCCAAAGAUGUCGGUGGCCAGUGCGAAGGUGUUCUUUCAUCGGUUCUUUGUAGUCCAGUCGUUCAAGCGGCAAGACGCGUGGCUGAUUGCUGCCACUUGUUUGUUCUUGGCGGCCAAAGUCGAAGAGCACUACAUGAAAGCAGUUGACUUCUCCAAGCAUUACCUGGCGUAUCGAAGGAAACUUUGCCACGAUGCGAAAAAGGUGGAAGGGGGCAGCAGGGUGUACCCAUCGGAACCCGCGACUUCCCCAACGGUGGAAGCCAUGACCGACGAACUGCUCUUCACCGAAUGCCUUGUCCUGCACGUCCUCGCUUAUGACUUGGGCGUUGUUCAUCCACACGCCUACGUGAACGAGUUCGUGUCUCUGAGCAUGGCGCACGUGGACGCUUCCGAGGACAUGGCGGUCGAGUUGAAGCGAGCCGCAUGGAGUUUUCUCAACGACAGCUCGAAUACUUGCUUGUGCUUGCGCUUCGAACCUCGGGUGAUCACUGCCGUGGCCGUGUAUUUGGCGGGCCUUUACUUGUCGCAUUGGACUCAACCGCUCACGGGCAGUGGGCCGCAGACUUGGUGGGCCAGCGUUGCGAUUCCUGUCGAUGUCUUGGAAGGUAUGGUCAUAUGGUCACUCGUCCCAAUUGUCCACGAGGUGGCCUUAUCCAAUGGAUGCAUCCUGUAGCUGCUGCCAAAGGGCUGUUGGACACGUAUGCGACAGGGUUUGCGUACAAGCAGAAACCCCUUCCGAGCGGCAUUGUCAAGUUAUUCACGUUGCACGGGCAACCCAACCCGGAACAGGCCACGGACACUCGUACUAGUAGCAGUGUUUAGGUAAUUUAUUGUACAGAAUCAACAACACCCCCAUGAUGCUACUGUCUGGACGGUCCUCA